CCCGGCCCCGGCCCCGGCGCGGAGCGGCCCGGAGCGGGGCGGGGGCGGCGGCGGCGGCCCCCCCGCAGGGUGCUGGGCGCCGUGCCACGCCGCUGCCCCCCCCCCUCGCCUCCAAGAUGUCCUACUUCGCCGAGCACUUCUGGGGCGAAAAGAACCACGGCUUCGACGUGCUCUACCACAACAUGAAGCACGCGCAGAUCUCCACCAAGGAGCUGGCCGACUUCGUGCGCGAAAGGGCCGCCAUCGAGGAGAACUACGCCAAGGCCAUGGUGAAGCUGUCGAAGAUGGCCACCAACGGCACGCAGCUGGGGACUUUCGCGCCGCUCUGGGAGGUGUUCCGCAUCUCCUCGGACAAGCUGGCCCUGUGCCACCUGGAGCUGAUGAAGAAGCUCCACGAGCUCAUCAAGGAGAUCUCGCGCUACGGCGAGGAGCAGGGCCGGGUGCACAAGAAGUCGAAGGAGGAGGCGGCGGGCACGCUGGAGGCCGUGCAGCUCCUGCACGGGGUGGCCCAGCUGCUGCCCAAGUCCAAGGAGAGCUACCACAGCAAGUGCCAGGAGUACGAGCGGCUCCGCAAGGAGGGCACCAGCCAGAAGGAGAUCGACAAGGCGGAGCUGAAGUCGAGGAAGGCGGGCGAGGCGCUGCGGCGCGCCGUGGACAAGUACAACGCCGCCCGCGCCGACUUCGAGCAGAGGAUGCUGGAUUCGGCCAUGCGCUUCCAGGAGGUGGAGGAAGCCCACCUGCGCCACAUGAAGGGCCUCAUCGGCUCCUACUCGCACUCGGUGGAGGACACCCACGUCCAGAUCGGGCAGGUGCACGAGGAGUUCAAGCAAAACGUGGAGAACAUCGGCACUGAGAUGCUGCUGCGGAGGUUUGCCGAGAGCAAGGGCACGGGGCGAGAGCGACCAGGCGUGCUGGAUUUCGACGAGUACCGGCUGGCUCCAGCGCAGGAAGGGCCCAAAAGGAGCCGCAGCAAAGCCUUCCGCAUCCCUGGGCUGAGCCGCAAGGAGAGGGAGCGUGAUGCUGGGGAGUCCCCGGACGCCGAUGCGGCCUGCCCGGAGGUGGAUGAGGACGGAUUCAGCGUGCGCCCGGACCUGCCCCAUGAUAUCCUUGCGGAGAACCACGGCUGCUCCUCCAGCGACUCGGACUACGACGAGGACGAGCCCCGCAAGUUUUACGUCCACAUCAAGCCCGUGCAGCCCCGGGGGGCCGGCGGCAGCGCCGAGGCCACCGUGGAGCAGCUCAAGGCCACCGUGGGAAACCUCAUCCUGCCCCCCGGUGUCGGGGGCACCGUCAAGCGGCAGUCAUCCCGGCACGUGGCGGCUCUGUCCCCGGCCCCGAGCACUGCUGCCGACCCCGAGGGGACGCUGGUGGCAGGUGAGGCCGUGGGGGGGCCGGGGGGGGGGUACGGGGGGGGAAGCGGUAGCUCCGGGUCCCCAAACGCGUCCCGUCUCCAUGCAGGUGACAGCACAGGGAGGGGGCGCCCGGCGGUGCAGGCGACCAGCCCCCCCCCCCCCCCGCAUCCCCCCAGCAAAGCCCUGCCGGACACGGUGCCCCCCGCCGCGCUCUUCGGGCCCCCCCUGGAGUCAGCCUUCGAAGCGGAGGAUUUCCCGGCCCCCCGCGCCUACGUCCUGACUUCCUCCUCCUCGCCCUUCUCCUCCUCCUCCCCGGAGAACGUGGAGGACUCGGGCUUGGACUCGCCCUCGCACCCCGCUCCCGUCCCCUCCCCGGACUCGAGGCCGUGGACGCCGCAGCCGGGGACGCCGCAGAGCCCCCACCCCAAGCGGGGGGCACAGCCGGACCCCCCCCCGCCGCGGCCCCGCAGCCCCGGGGGGCGCCUGCCCGAGCUGCCCAGCUUCGCCGUCUUCAGUGGCCCCGGGGUCGAGGGGCUCUGGGAGGAGGACGGGGGGGGGACAGCACCCCGGGGACGGCCCCGCGGCACGGCCCCCCCCCAGCCCCCCUCUCCCGACCCUUUCGGGGAGCCCCCACCCUGGCUGCGGCCCCGCAGCCCCCCUGGGGACCGGCCCCCGCAGCCCCGACCUUCCUCCAACUCGGCCUCGUCUUCCUCCUCCUCCCCGGCCCCCCCCAGCAGGGGGGAGUCCUCCAGCCCCUCCCCGUGGAGCUGCCAGGGGUCGGGGACGGGGAUGCCCGAGGGGGACACACCGGGGGCCCCCCCUCUGCAGCCUGAGCCAGACCCCCGCCCCGCCGCCGCCGCCCCCCGCGAGGUCCCGCUGGUGGCCCCCCCUCGCCGUUCCCGGACGAAGCGGCCGGCGGCCGGCCCGGCUGCGGGCAGCAACACCGACCUGUCGCGCUCGCUCAGCCCCUCGCCCUCGUGGAGCUGCGGCCCCUCGCACUCGGCGCCCGCCAGCCUGGGCGAGCGCGGCUUCUUCGCCGUCUGCCAGCCGGCGCUCGGGAUAUCGCGGGGCCCAAGCCCCGUGGUGCUGGGCUCGCAGGACGCGCUCCCCGUGGCCACCGCCUUCACCGAGUACGUGCACGCGUACUUCAAGGGGCGCGAUGCCGACAGCUGCCUGGUGAAGGUGACGGGGGAGCUCACCAUGUCCUUCCCCGCCGGCAUCGUCCGCGUCUUCAGCGGGGGCAUGGCCCCCCCCGUGCUCAGCUUCCGCCUGCUCAACACCGGCGCCAUCGAGCAGUUCCUGCCCAACGCCGAGCUGCUCUACAGCGACCCGUCGCAGAGCGACCCCAGCACCAAGGACUUCUGGCUGAACAUGGCCGCGCUGACGGGGCACCUGCAGAAGCAGGCGGAGCAGAGCCCGGCCGCGUCCUACUACAACGUGGCUCUGCUCAAGUACCAGUUCUCACGGCUGGGUCCCAGCUCGGCGCCGCUGCGGCUGUGCGUGCGCUGGGACUGCUCGCCGGGCGCCACGCGGGUCAGCGUCGACUACGGCUACAACGCCGGCGCCCUCGCCCUGCCCGUGCCCCUCGCCAACGUCCACGUCCUGCUGCCCCUGGACGAGCCCGUCACCAACGUGCGGCUGCAGCCGGCUGCCAGCUGGAACCUGGAGGAGAAGAGGCUGCUCUGGAAGCUGCUGGAUGUCCCCGGAGCGCCGGGGCAGGGAGGCAGCGGACGGCUCUCGGCCAGCUGGGAGCCCCUCUGCGGGCCCAGCAAGCCCAGCCCCGUGGCGGCCCAGUUCAGCAGCGAGGGCAGCACGCUGUCGGGCGUCGAGGUGGAGCUGGCGAGCGCCGGCUACCGCAUGUCGCUGGUCAAGAAGAGGUUUGCUACGGGGAUCUACCUGGCGGGGUCCUGAGCUGCCUCCCGGUGGAGCCUCCGAGCCCCCCCCCGGGGCGUCCCCCUUGGUUGUGUGAACUCAAAACACUGGAUGGAGGCUGGCGGGGAGGGGGUGCCCCCCUCCUCUUCCUCCUCCUCC